AUGGGUAAAAUAAUUUUGGUGACGCUGUUGAUAUGCAUUCAAUAUGCAUUAGCUGAGAUAUCGGAGCCUCUGGUAUCCACACCUCUGGGUCAAAUAAAAGGGACAGUAAUUACCUCACGUCUAGCGAAGCCGAUUUACUCCUUUAGAGCAAUUCGGUACGCCAAAGCACCCGUCGACGAUUUGAGAUUCAAGCCUCCUGUGCCAGUAGAGAAAUGGGAAGGAGUUUACAAUGCGACCGAAGAAGGUCCUCUUUGUCCACAACCCACCGCCGACCUGAUUUCCGACCUGAUUUCAGAAGACUGUCUGAUGCUCAACGUUUACUCCACUAAACUGCCCAAAGGAAAGGAUAACCCCAAACGUCCGGUCAUCGUUUUCAUCCACGGCGGCGGUUUAAGCAAACUCGGCGGAGUCAGCUCCAUCUUCGGGCCCAAUUACCUUCUGGACGAAGAAGUUGUUUUGGUCACCAUUAACUUCCGUCUAGCCACUUUAGGAUUCCUAAGUACAGGUGACAAAGAAGCUCCGGGCAACAACGGAUUAAGGGACCAAGUGGAGGCUUUGAAAUGGGUUAAGAACAACAUCGAAUCCUUCGGCGGAGACCCGGAUUCGGUAACACUUCUAGGUUCCAGUACUGGUGCGUGGUGCGUUAUUUUACACAUGGUCUCGCCGUUAUCUCAAGGUUUGUUCCACAAGGCUGGAGCUUUGAGCGGCUCCAUAGUAGGAGCCUGGCCCAUUUACACUGAGCAAAUGGUCGUUGCCAAGAAGCAAGCCAGAAUUUUGGGAUGCCCCGAUGACACCUCCGCCAACAUCAUCAAGUGUUUGAAGACGAAAUCGUUCAAGGAACUCGGGGAUUCCCUGCCGCAAUUCGGGGAAUUCGGAACGGAUCCUGUAGUUGUAUGGUCGCCCGUUAUUGAGCCUGAUUUCGGCCAGGAAAGAUUCCUCACGGCUCAUCCCAUUGAGCUCAUCGCCAACGGACAGUUCAGCAAGGUUCCGUUUUUGUGCGGCCAGACUAGAGAUGAAUAUGGAUACCACACAUUCAAUAUAGUGGACAACGAAACUCUAAGGACCCAACUGACCGAGCAGUUUGAAAAGUACGCCCCGAUCACGUUCCUCUACGAGCAAAACACCGAGUUCUCCAAAACAGUGAGCAAAACUUUGAGAACCUUCUACCUCCAGGAUAAACCAAUCGAUAGAUCUCAAAUGAAGGCGUUAGCGCAGCUUUACGCCGAUUCUAUAGUGAAUUUCGCUGUAAACAGAGUGGCCAAAAUCGUAUCAGAGCACAAUGACCAACCAGUUUAUUAUUACCACUUCACGUACCAAGGGCGAUACAGCCACUUUUACACCCCUGGAAGCAACAACACCAUCCCCUACGGAGUCGUCCACCACGAUGAUUUGAUCUAUGUGUUCUACAAUCAAAAGAGAUUCCCGUUGUUCAAGGAAAAUUCUCCCCUGGAAGUCGAAAUGGUUACCAAAUUGAUCGCCGUUUGGGCUAACUUCGCUAAAACUGGGAAUCCAAUGCCGACCCCGACGGAAAGAUUAGACAACGCUGUUUGGGAACCAUUCAAGGCGCCCAAUCACAAAUACAUGGAAAUCAGCGGUAAAAUGAACGUGAAGGAAAACCUCCUGUCGAAGCGGUUCCAGGAAUGGGAGAAGAUGUACCCGUUGAGCAUGUUCCAGAAGAAGGACUGA